AUGUCCACAAGGUACACCCGCUCGACAGAUGACGUCAUCGCCGGUGCCACUAUUUCUGGGGUACUGUACAUUUGACAGAAAAGUUAUGGUAUUCCGGGCAGUCCUUGUAACUUUCAGGUAGUCUCAAUCGGCUUCAUUCUCAUCGUUACCGUACUCGUCGGCUGCUACCGUAUCCCGGCGAUGCGCGGCUCGUUCGGCGUUCUGACCGCCAAUCAGAACUUUUCACAGUUGAUCGGUUGUGUCACCGUAUUGAUUUUUUACAGUUUCGGAUUGGUUCUGUAAGUUGUUUUUGUCCAUGUCUCGGCCUUUGCAAAACUAGUGUAACCGUUCAGUGAUUUUGGAGUGCUCGUUCUCAAUUCCGGUUACUUUGGCAACUGCUCCGCGCUGAUUUUGACCGUAAUCACCGGCAAUUUUCUGCUAAUUUCACUCAACCGAACGUGUGCGAUUUGCUUUCCGAUCUACUACAAACUGUUUUUCAGGUUAGACCAAUAAUAUAGUUAGUAGGAUUAUUAUAACUUUCAAAAACUUUUCAGCCACAACAUGGUCCUAGUGCUUGUCAUUAUUUGCUGGCUGAUUCCCGUCUCGAUUUCCUCGUACUACAUUUUUGGACGUACGUGUAAUAAUAGCGAUCGAAAAAUGAAUCAAUUAUUCAGUUUUUUUCAGUGAGCUGCCGACUAUCAUUCUCUCAAUUCGGAUGGCUCUUCACGUCCGAUCUGACCAUUAAAUCCUGCGGAACAUCCUUCAAAACGUUCCUCCUCUCCUCUCAAUCCGCACUUUCAUUCGUGAUUCUGGCAGCCGACCUUUCGACUCUUUGCCUUCUUCUCAUAAAAGUAACUGCCAGUAACCUAGCCAUGCUUAAGAAACGGAUUGUAGCGCAACGAACUGAGCUCGUGGAGCAAGGAAGCGAGAAAAACGGAGCGGAACUUCGCCCUCCAAGUCUUGCUUCAAGGACUCGUCUUCAACUUCCACAGCAUCUGGAUCUCGAAUGCGAUCAACUGGUUGCCCGGCGAGAUUACCGAAUGGAAACUCUUCUUCACAACCACUUUCUCCUCCAAUCUCCUCAUGAUUUUCGAUCCGUAAGUCUCUGGCUUGAAAGAUUUCCUUCGUUUUAUGAAUCCGAAUUUCAGCGCGGUCAUCAUAAUCUUCAACCGCGAGUUCCGUACUUGGCUCUUCACCUCGCGUGCCACCGUCUUCGUCGCGACAAUCAGUGCGUCGGCCGGCAGGUCCAACAAGAAGACGUUCACGGUUCAGCAACAACAUCCGUCACAGUCCAUGUUCAUGGCCAGCUCGGUUUCACGAUAAACACAUGGAACAUGGAACUUGCCAUGUUCUGCGAUACCCUAAAACACAAAAUCUCUUGUUGACACUCAAAUAUUAUACAUGAGUGCACCUUUCGCACCCUCAACAUCUUUUUUUUUACGUGUUCUCUAACCUUCCCUCUCUUUAGUCGUCGUGGCUUUUACAGUCUUUUCAGUUGCUACGACUUUCCAGUUGCUGAUCACACGAAUGAGGCUUCUUCUUCUUGAAAUCUUCCUUCUGCACAGUGAGUCCACCCACUUUUUUCCGAUAUUCAGCACUUAAACUUGCAGCAUGUACCGUAUCGGGCGGUUCGAUGCAAACCACAAGUCUGAUCGCGAUGAUGAACCAGAAAAGAGCCGAUUGGGCGAAGAGCAACAACGUGGCGAACAUGUGGAAACUGGUAUUCUUCCUAACGCCAUCCUUCAGAACUCCUCCAACUCCUCGCACUUUUCAGAAAAACGACAAGGAUCUUGAGGCAAAAGCGAAGCAGAUCUUCGAAGAGACCGAAUGUGAUGGCAUGCGUCCCGGAGACAACUAUCGUGUAUUCCCAUUUUUGGCCGAAUCGUACGGGGACCGAUUCGAGUCCGUCUUGUUUGCCACGUUGACGGAAUUGGAGACAUCGGCAUUCAAGAGAGGAGUGAGGAUGCUCAAAAAAAUGGAAAAGAGUACCGGUUUCGUGCUGGAGCUCAGCAAUGCUCUGCAGAAAAAAGUGGGAUGUACGCGCGCGCAGUGCCGAGGAUUGAUGCGCGAUCCGUUGGACCAGAAGACAGAGAUUCCGUUGGCGUACGCGUUGCUUUGCGUCAUUGGUCCCGAGUGAGUUUUCGUACGGAUUUCCUCAUAAAUCCACUAUUGUAGGACCCGACUUCUUGCCGAUUAUCAGCGGGAACCAGAGUUCGCGUGGUACGGUACGAGAAAGGGCGAACCGGGGACCAAGUGCGGGGAAGAUGGAGUUGGCGACAAGCACGGACUUUGUGUGGCAAAGUGA